AUGCCUUCUGUGGCUUCAGAUCCUAAAGAACUCUACCUCAGUUCUUCACUAAAAGACCUCAAUAAGAAGACAGAAGUUAAACCAGAGAAAAUAAGCACUAAGAAUUAUGUACAGAGUGCCCAGAAGCUCUUCAAGACAGCAGAAGAAAGCAGGUUAGAUCGUGAUGAGGAAAAGGCCUACGUACUGUACAUGAAAUUUGUGACUGUUUAUAAUCUUAUCAAAAACAGGCCUGAUUUCAAGCAACAGCAGGACUAUGUUCAUUCAAUGCUUGGACUUGGAAACAUCAAAAAAGCUAUUGAAGAAGCUGAAAGACUCUCUGAAAGCCUUAAACUCAGAUACGAAGAAGCCGAAGUUCGGAAAAAACUCGAAGAAAAGGACAGACAGGAGGAAGAGCAACUGCAGAAACAGAGAAGACAGGAAGCAGGAAGAGAGGAUGGUAACACAUCAGCUAAAAACUCUUUGGAAAAUGUAUUGGAUUUCAAAGACAAAACCCAAAAGAUAAAUGGUGGAAAAAAUGAGACCGCAGAAAAAGGAUCAAUCACAGCAAAGGAACUAUACACAAUGAUGAUGGAUGAAAACUUCAGCUUGAUUAUAAUGGAUGCUCGAAAAUUGCAGGAUUAUCAGGAUUCCCAUGUUUUAGAUUCUCUAAGUGUUCCUGAAGAAGCCAUCAAUCCAGGAAUCACUGCUAGAUGGAUUGAAGCAAAACUCCCAGAUGACUCUAAAGACAAAUGGAAGAAGAGGGGGAAUGUGGAUUAUGUGGUACUUCUUGACUGGUUUAGUUCUACAAAAGAUUUACAACUUGGAACAACUCUACGGAGUCUGAAAGAUGCACUUUUCAAGUGGGAAACUAAAACUAUCCUGCGCAAUGAGCCUUUGGUUUUAGAAGGAGGCUAUGAAAACUGGCUUCUUUGUUAUCCUCAGUACACAACAAAUGCUAAAGUCACUCCACCCCCACGAGGCAAGAAUGAAGAGGUGUCUAUCUCAUUGGAUUUUACUUAUCCCUCACUGGAAGAACCAGUUCCUUCUAAACCUACUGCACAGAUGCCAUCUCUUCCUCUGGGUGAAAAUAUAGAAUUCAUAAAUGUUCAAGAUGAGAGAAUGAGACAAUUGACUUUAUCAACUUCAGUUGAACCAAUUAUUACUUCUACGUCUGAUGUUUCACCCAUAAUUCAGCCAGUGCCUAUUGUAAAGAAUUUUCCACAGAUUGAUCGUACUAAAAAACCAGCAGUCAGAUUGCCUGAAGAUUAUAGAAUAAAAUAUGAAAGUACAGAUCAUGAGCAACAGUUUCCUCAAAAUGGAAAAGUUGUUCCUGAUCGUUCCACAAAGCCAGUACUUCCCCCUCCAACUGCCAUGUUAACAGAUGAAGAAAAAGCUCGUAUUCAUGCAGAAACGGCUCUCUUAAUGGAAAAAAACAAACAAGAGAAAGAACUUCGGAGAAGACAGCAAGAGGAACAGAAAGAGAAACUGAAAAGAGAAGAACAGGAACAAAAAGCCAGAAAGAAACAAGAAGCUGAAGAAAAUGAAUUCAUAGAGAAGCAACAAAAGGCAAAAGAAGAACUGGAGAAGAGAGAGAGUGAACAGGCCAAGAAAGAAGAUAAAGAAACCUCAGCAAAGAGGGGCAGAGAAAUAACAGGAGUAAAAAGACAAAGUAAAAGUGAACAUGAAACUACCGAUGCCAAGAAAUCUGUGGAAGAUAGGGGGGAAAUGUGUCCCACUCCCGAGGUACAGAAAAAGUCAGUGGGAGAUGUGCCCCAUUCCUCUGUGGCAGGAGAUGCAAGUUCAGGCAAGCCUGUUAAGAUUAAAGGACAGCCAGAAAGUGGAAUUCUAAAGACUGGAACUUUUAGAGAGAAUACAGAAGACACUGAAAGAAAUAAAGCCCGGGAGCCUUUGACAAGAGCACGAAGUGAAGAAAUGGGGAGAAUCGUACCAGGACUGCCUUUAGGCUGGGUCAAGUUUCUUGACCCAAUCACUGGAACUUUUCGUUAUUAUCAUUCACCCACCAACUCAGUUCAUAUGUAUCCACCGGAAAUGGCUCCUUCAUCUGCACUUCCUUCCACCCCUCCAACUCAUAAAGCCAAGCCACAGAUCCCUGCUGAGCGGGACAGGGAACCGUCCAAGCUGAAGCGCUCCUACUCUUCCCCAGAUAUAACCCAGGCCAUCCAAGAGGAAGAGAAGAGGAAGCCAACAGUCACUCCAGCAGUCAAUCGGGAAAACAAGCCAGCAUGCUAUCCUAAAACGGAGAUCACAAGGCUUUCUGCUUCUCAGAUUCGGAACCUCAAUCCUGUGUUUGGAGGAUCUGGACCGGCUCUCACUGGACUUCGUAAUUUAGGAAAUACUUGUUAUAUGAACUCAAUACUGCAGUGCCUAUGUAAUGCUACACAUUUGGCUGAUUAUUUCAACCGAAACUGUUAUCAGGAUGAUAUUAACAGGUCAAAUUUGUUGGGUCAUAAAGGUGAAGUGGCAGAAGAAUUUGGCAUAAUCAUGAAAGCACUAUGGACAGGACAGUACAGGUAUAUCAGUCCAAAAGACUUUAAAAUCACCAUCGGAAAGAUCAAUGAUCAGUUUGCAGGAUACAGCCAGCAAGAUUCACAAGAACUGCUUCUGUUCCUAAUGGACGGUCUCCAUGAAGAUCUAAAUAAAGCUGAUAAUCGGAAGCGACAUAAAGAAGAGAAUAAUGAUCAUCUUGAUGACUUUAAAGCAGCAGAACAUGCUUGGCAGAAACACAAGCAGCUCAAUGAAUCCAUUAUUGUAGCACUUUUCCAGGGUCAGUUCAAAUCCACAGUACAGUGCCUCACCUGUCACAGAAAGUCUAGGACGUUUGAGGCCUUCAUGUACUUGUCUCUGCCCCUAGCAUCCACUAGUAAAUGUACCUUACAGGAUUGCCUUAGGUUAUUUUCCAAAGAAGAAAAACUCACAGAUAAUAACAGGUUUUACUGCAGUCAUUGCAGAGCUCGAAGGGAUUCUCUAAAAAAGAUAGAAAUCUGGAAGUUACCACCUGUGCUUUUAGUGCAUCUGAAACGUUUUUCCUAUGAUGGCAGGUGGAAGCAAAAAUUACAGACAUCUGUGGACUUUCCGUUAGAAAAUCUUGACUUGUCACAAUAUGUUAUUGGUCCAAAGAACAAUUUGAAGAAAUAUAACUUGUUUUCUGUUUCAAAUCACUACGGUGGGUUGGAUGGAGGCCACUACACUGCCUAUUGCAAAAAUGCAGCAAGACAGCGGUGGUUUAAAUUUGAUGAUCAUGAAGUUUCUGAUAUCUCCGUUUCGUCUGUGAAAUCUUCAGCAGCUUAUAUUCUCUUUUAUACUUCCUUGGGACCACGAGCAACCGAUAUAGCCACUUAA